CACUGAACCUUUGGAGUCUGAUAUGAUGAUUACAGAAUAACUAAGAGGAGAUGUGGUGAACUCAGUAUAAUCAACGUAGGAGGCAUCUGGCUGGUGAUCUCUGAAAUUGCUCAGUGAGCACCCGUAAUUAAGCUGAUUUUUUCCUGAUAAUCACUCACAAUGGAAUCAAAUCAAAAAUCUGGGGAUGGACUGACAGGCACUCAGAAAGAAGCAGCCCUUCGAACUUUGAUCCAGCGCACAGGAUAUAAUUUACUUCAGGAAAAUGGGCAACGGAAAUAUGGUGGACCUCCACCGGGAUGGGAGGGGCCACCACCUGAGAGAGGAAGCGAGAUUUUUGUUGGAAAAUUACCUCGGGAUCUUUUUGAAGACGAGCUAGUACCCCUGUGUGAAAAAUUUGGCAAAAUCUAUGAAGUACGAAUGAUGAUGGAUUUUAAUGGAAAUAAUCGUGGUUAUGCCUUUGUGACAUUUUAUAACAAACAAGAAGCAAAAAAUGCCAUGAAACAACUCAACAACUACGAAAUCAGAACCGGACGGCUUUUGGGAGUAUGUGCAAGUGUUGACAACAGUCGCCUUUUUGUUGGAGGCAUCCCAAAAACAAAGAAAAGGGAAGAAAUUUUAUCGGAAAUGAGAAAAGUGACAGAUGGGGUGGUGGAGGUCAUUGUCUACCCCAGUGCAGCUGACAAAACAAAGAACAGAGGAUUUGCUUUUGUAGAAUAUGAAAGCCAUCGUGCUGCUGCAAUGGCCAGAAGGAAAUUACUACCAGGACGAAUUCAGUUAUGGGGCCAUGCCAUUGCUGUUGAUUGGGCUGAGCCAGAGGUUGAAGUUGAUGAAGACACCAUGGCAACAGUUAAAAUUUUGUAUGUGAGAAACUUGAUGCUUUCAACCACCGAGGAGACAAUUGAAAAAGAAUUCAACAGCCUCAAGCCAGGGGCUGUUGAAAGAAUAAAGAAGAUAAGAGAUUACGCCUUUGUACACUUCACAGAGCGAGAAGAUGCAAUAAAUGCAAUGAAUGCUUUGAAUGGAAAGCUGGUGGACGGAUCUCCAAUUGAGGUAACUUUAGCCAAGCCUGUUGACAAGGACAGCUACAUUCGUUAUACCCGAGGCACUGGGGGCCGAGGGGCAAUGAUCCAAGGAGAAUACGCCUACACACUGGGUCAAGUGUACGAACCUUCAGCCGCUUACCUAGGAGCUCCAGUCUUCUACGCACCACAGGCUUAUGCUGCUAUUCCAAGCCAACUGCGAUUUCCUGCCAACAAGGCUCACAUUAGCCCGCGUGGCAUGGUCCGGACUCCCUCCAUCAGAGAAAUUUACAUGAAUGUACCUGUAGGGGCUGCGGGUGUCCGGGGCCCAGGCGGACGAGGGUACCUGGCAUAUGCUGGUGUGGGCCGUGGAUAUGUUGGCUAUCACCUGAAGGACAAGCGAGGAGAGGACAAACUUUACGACCUUCUUCCUGGAAUGGAGCUGACGCCUAUGAACUCAGUAACCAUAAAACCUCCCAGUAUCAAACAUGCUCCUCAGAUUCUAGAAGAUAUCUGCCAAAAGAAUAAUUGGGGACAACCAGUCUACCAGCUUCAUUCUGCUAUUGGACCUGACCAGAGACAGCUUUUCUUGUAUAAAAUUGCAAUCCCAGCACUUGCUAGCCAGUAUCCAAAUAUACAUCCGUUCACCCCAGCAAAACUUUGCACAUCAGUGGAUGACGCGAAAAUCAUUGCUGCUGAGAAUGUUUUACAAAUCUUGGGCUUGCAUACAGAGAGUGCAGAAACUGCAUCAGCACCAGCAUUCACGGGCUACACAAUAGCUAACACUGCUGCUACUGUGACAGCCGGGCAGCUUAAGCAAGCUGUCACCUUGGGACAAGAUGUUGCUGCAUAUGCCACGUAUGAAGCCUAUCCUGCAUUUGCCCUGGCAACUCGAGGAGAUGGAUAUGGAGUUUUCUGAGGACUGUAAAAACACUGUUUGCGCUGUUAUGUCUGGUGUUUUAUUAUUUCUCUGCCAGUUAUUGUGUAAUCUUCUAUCCUUAGAUUUUGUAAUUCCUUUAUAAAUUAACUAAUUGAAAUAACCUUUAUUAGUUGCACUAGUGAUACACAGUGAUGGUGAAUCUGUAUGUAAUAAGGAGUUGUAGUUAGCUUUGCCCCGAUAUUUCUAAGGAAUAAGCCUUAUGUUUACAUAACAUGUUUGCACAGGGAGAGUUAUGAGUUAUGUUCUUACACAAAAUACUAUCAUCACCUAAUUGAACCCACUAUAAUUAAAAUCUCCUUCAAUUAAAACACUGAGAUAGAAGAUGCUUAUAAUGUAUAAAAGUGAAAGAAUUUAAAGAACCUCUCUGAAGAAUCUAAAAUGAAAACUGCAGCAACAUAUAAAACAUGCCCCACACUUCAAAUCUCAAUAGGCAGGAUGAUUAAUCCAAGUAUUUAUAAGGACAUUUAGCUUUAUAUUGUUUUUCUGUUUUUGAUUUGGUAUGUUUAAGUGUGUGUAUAUAUAUAUACACAUACAUACACACCUUUUUAUCUUUUACAGCUGUGUAAAAGAACAUUUACAGGAAAUAGUUUGUUCCUUCUGUCCAAAUAUUUUAUACUUAUGAGAAAAGUUUUUUUUUUAUAUAAUGUAAAUAAAGUCAAAAUUCAUUUAUCUGUUUUUUCACUCUGGAAUUGACUAUGAAAAACAUAAAUCUGCAUAUCAAGCUGAUAAAUCAGAACCUUGUUAAGUUAUUAUUCAAAUUUAUGUGAUUGAAUUACAAACAUGUCAAGAAUAAUCUAGUUAUAUUGUAGUUACAAGUUAAAUAAUGAAUCCUACAAUACUGUACGUACAUUUUUAAUGUAUAAAUUUUCCAUAUACAGUAUAUCAAUAAUAAAGUCAGCAGCCUUCCCUCACGUUUACUUGAAGGGUUUUUAAGAUUAAAUAAUGACUUUUGGACAAGUAAUUAAUUGACUUGAUUAAAAACCACCAUAGCUUGUAAUUGUCGUGACACAUGUGAAAGUGUGCAGAUAAAAUGAAGUGGAAAGCAGACAGUUUUAUUAUUAUUUUUGAAUGUAAUCAUUUCAGAAGAGUUAAGCAUUCGGCACAAAGAAUGUUGCUUAACAGUUUGUUGAGUUUUAGUUGCAAUUUCACUCAAUAUAUUAUAUUAAUAGACCACAAAAUAUGGGUUUUACACACUUCUGCAUUCCUUUUAAUGAUGCUGUUCUCAGUCAAUCCACCUAUUAUUUUUUAUAUAGCACCUUUCACAGACCCCAUACUUGUGUAUGUCUACAGGCUGUAAAUUCCAGAAUGUGAGAUCACACACCGUUCAUAUGGUCUAUUAUUGUACAUUUCUAUUGGAUUGCGACAAAAUAAUUUAGCUAACAGUUUACUCAUUAAAACCUCAAAUAAUAACCAUAGCCCAUGUCAUCCAUAUGCUGGCUAUAUAUAUUAAACAAGCCGUAUAUUGAAAUUGCUCUCAUUUGAAUAAAAAGAUAAGCUAGCAUCUGACUUUUUGGCAAUGUUACAUUUGUGCAGAGCUAAAUUACACAUUUUGGAUAGAAGGAAUAACUAAUACAAGUAUAAGAUGAAACUUGUUUAAUUUACGUCACUAUGAUGACAGCUGUAUUAAGAGGAAAAACAUGAUUUUAAUGUGUCAUAAACAGUAGUUAAAUAGUUAAAAGAAUUUGCUUCUGUAAAAAUGGAAAUAAGCCAAGGCAGUAGGUGACAUUGACAGUAUUAAAGUGUGCAUAUAGCACUUAGAACUUAUUUUUAUACCAGUCAUGCAACAUUAUUUGUACAGAAUUCUCAGAAAUGAACUGAAUUCCAAUCAAUUGUACAUGUCUAUUAUUGUUUAAAAAUAGUGGGAAAUAAACAUUUUGGAAAAAAAAAUAUAAAGCAAAUAUCUUUCAAUGUAGUAGAGCUGUACAUGUUUGAUUUAUUCAACUGUGAUUUCCUAAAUACAAUACAAUUUUGACACAAGUA